AUGUUAAAUCAUGUUCUUUCCUCGACCUUGGGUCUUUUAUUCUUAUUUGCUAUUGAGAAUGUCAAUGCAGGAGUCAGUAUCGACGGAGCUAGAGGUACAGUGUACUACGAUCUCGAGUUGCAAUGUACUGGAGAUGGAUCCGAUGCAGGUGGAGCAUCAGGUCUGAACGGUGCUUUAACGGCCUGUGGUUACAGUGCAGAAGGACUAGGUACUUCCAGAUUUGUGGCUAUUGACGGAAGUAUCUUUGAUAAAAGCAUGUGUGGACAAGAGGUGAUUAUAGCCCAAAAUGGAUCGCCAUUUUCAUUCUCGGAAGGACCUAUGUUCGUUGGUGAUUUAUGUGGAGGAUGUGAAGGUGGUAAAAUACUAGAUCUCAGCGGUAAGCAGAUCGCAGUCGAGAUGAUGGGAGGUGUAUGUAAAAACCCUCCUUCAUUCUCUUAUCAAAUCACUGAGAAUAUAGUCGGAGCCACGUUAGAGGGAUCUCUCCCUGCUGGUGGUGGCUCGUCCUCUCCGGUCUCAUCAGCUUCUGCUGCACCACCAGCGUCAGCUCCAGCCAGUAAACCAGAAAUCAGUCAGAGUCAACCUGCAGUGUCAACUCCCGCAGCAUCCCAACCCCUCAGUACCUCUACUCAGUCGGUUCCACAAGUAUCCCAGUCAGUCACACCAGCUACGUCCCAAGUUGCUCCUGCGACAUCUCAACCUGUCAAUCCUGCUACCUCUCCAUUUGACCUCGCCACAGCAGCAGCUACGACAUCGGCGGUGCAAAGCCUGCCAGCGACAACAGUUGCAGCAGCGCCUACUAACACAGGAGGCAAUCGAUGGGGCGGGGGAUGGGGCAGACCACCAGCUUUGUUCGCCGAGAACGAGACUGCCACUAAUGGAACGUCCUGUAAGAGAAGGAAGAGACGAAGGAGAGUUCGCAAGGCUCACUAG